AUGGCUUAUAAUCCGGUUAUGUUGGUCAAUGCAUUUUCCACCAUCUCCACCCUUGCCACCUUUGCCGCUACCGCCACCACCACCACCGUUGCAACCACCGCCUCCUUUUCCACCCUUACCACCAUCAGAACCGCCACCAUUACCGCCAUCAGAACCGCCACCUUUACCACCAUCAUAUCCACCUCCUCUACCGCCAUCAGAACCACCACCGCCUCUACCACCGGUGGUGGUUCUGAUGGCGGUAGAGGAGGUGGAUAUGAUGGUGGUAAAGGUGGCGGUUCUGAUGGCGGUAAUGGUGGCGGUUCUGAUGGUGGUAAGGGUGGAAAAGGAGGCGGUGGUUGCAACGGUGGUGGUGGUGGCGGUAGCGGCAAAGGUGGCAAGGGUGGAGAUGGUGGAAAAUGCAUUGACUAA